CUGCCGUGAGUCACUUUGAAGAUUCCACCAGCCGCGCGUCGCCGCACAUCCACGCCGACAUGGAGAAGGAUUUCUUCCACUUCUUCUUGCACCCUCCGGAGGGCCACUUUUGAGCGACAACUGCGCGCGGACAUGCCCGCUGCGCACCCGACCCUGUUCCGAUGUUCCGGCGACUCCCGAAGUCCCUCUAAAUGCCGCCAGCAUGACGGAGUCGAACCGCAGCGGGCUCUAUGCGAACGGAUCCGCGUGGACGUCGGCGCCGAACGCCAGCAGCGCGUGUUGGACCUUGGCGCUGGACUCCCGCUCCGUGUGCCUGGGACUCUCCCUGGCCCUGUUCAUCCUGCUGGCCAUGGCGGGCAACGUCCUGGUCAUCCUGUCCGUGCUGUGCAACAGGCACCUGCGGACCGUCACCAACGUCUUCAUCGUCAACCUGGCCAUGGCGGACCUGCUGCUGAGCAUCGUGGUGCUGCCCUUCUCCGCCUCCCUGGAGGUGCUGGGCUGCUGGGUGUUCGGCCGGGUGUUCUGCAACAUCUGGGCGGCGGUGGACGUGCUGUGCUGCACCGCCUCCAUCCUCAGCCUGUGCGUCAUCUCCGUGGACCGCUACGUCGGCGUCAAGCACUGCCUCAAGUACCCCGCCAUCAUGACGGAGCGGCGCGCCGGGGUGGUGCUGGUGCUGGUGUGGCUCUCCUCCACCGUCAUCUCCGUGGGUCCGCUGCUGGGCUGGAAGGAGCCGCAGCCGGUGGACGCCAGCAUCUGCAGCAUCACGGAGGAGCCCGGCUACGCGCUCUUCUCCUCGCUCUUCUCCUUCUACCUGCCGCUGCUGGUCGUCCUGGUCAUGUACUUCAGGGUCUACGUGGUGGCCCGCCGGACCACCAAGAGCCUGGAAGCGGGCGUCAAGCGGGAGCGGGACAAGUCGGUGGAGGUGGUGCUCAGGAUCCACUGCCGCAGCGUGAUGGAGGACCCCGGCUCCAAGAGCAGCAGGCAGCAUCCCUUCAGGAGCUCGCUGUCGGUGCGCCUCAUGAAGUUCUCCCGGGAGAAGAAAGCUGCUAAGACUCUCGCCAUCGUCGUGGGCAUGUUCAUCUUGUGCUGGCUACCCUUUUUCUUCUUUCUGCCCAUGGGCUCCUUCUUCCCGGCGUUGAAGCCAUCCGAGACGGUCUUCAAGGUGGUCUUCUGGCUGGGCUACUUCAACAGCUGCAUCAACCCCAUGAUCUACCCUUGCUCCAGCAAGGAGUUCCAGCGAGCGUUCACCCGCCUCCUCAGGUGCCGCUGUCGCCGCAGGCGCCGCACCCUGCGUCGCUUCUACGACCAGAAAUGGCGCUCGGCCGUCCGGGCGAGGGGACCGAGAGGACAAGACGAGGCCUCCUACGUUCCGCACGGGUCCUGCGGCAGCUCCUUGCUGAGCGGGCGGGGGGGCAGUUUGAAGGGAUGGAACUUGUUUCCGCCCUUGCAGAAAUCCUCCUUUCAGCUGAAAGAGACGGUGAACAAUCUGUCCAAUAGAAUGAAAGGAGGAGGCACGGCUGCUGUGGGCGACGUGGGGAUUUACAACGUGUGCGAGCAGAGCAGCUAUCACAUCUACGACUGUUACGGCCUGAAGGAGACUGACAUUUAAUGGGCCGCAGGAGGACGCUGGAAUUUUUUUACCAUCUUUAGC